GCCGAGCCGGGCAAGAGGGGGCGAGCGAAGCGGUGGCUUUGGUGCCGGAGCCGAGUUGCUGCGCUCCGACGACGACAGGGCGCAUCAUGGACUCCCCUUGCUCCCCGAAGGCGCUCCUCCUGCUGGGGCUUUUUCUGCUCGCCUGCUCAGAAUGCCAGGCAGAUGUGCAAGUGUUUGCCCCAGCUGUGAUGGAGGUUCUGCUGGGCCACCAGGUGUCCAUCCUGUGCGAGCACAAAGUGUCGGGGGGCGACGGCUCCCUCCUGGUGGAGUGGUUCAUCACGGACAAGAAUGGGGAGCAGCGGCGUGUGGCCUACAGCGACCAGGGUCAACAGGGGAUGGACCGAGGCACAGAGUACACAGACCGUGCCUCCAUGAACUCUAACCACAGUCUGGUCAUCAAAGCGGCCGAGGUGGUUGAUGAGAGAGUCUUCUCCUGUGGGGUGACAGCGGGCCCUGGAGGGAGUGGAACGGGAGUGACCCAACUCAAGGUGUACGGUGCACCUGAACUCCCAGAGGUCACACCUAACACCAGGACCCUCUCAGUGACAGAAGAGGACACUUCAGAGAUUGCAACAUGCACAAGCAAAAAUGCCAACCCAGUGCCAACCAUCAGCUGGUACAAAGAUGAGCACCCUCUGAAUGCCUCCACUGAGCGCAACAAGGAACUGUAUGUUGUGUCACGGACGGUGAAAGAGGCAUCAGGGCUCCACUCUGUCUCCAGCACGCUGUACUUACGUGUGAAUAAAGCUGACAAGGACUCCACCUUCCGCUGCAAAGUCAGCUACUCGAUGCCACACGGAAAAGUUGACAGCGUGGAGUCAGACCCCUUCCAACUCACGUUGCACUACUACACAGAGAACGUGCAGUUUGUAGUGGAUGCUCCAGAAGUCAUCAAGGAAGGGGACGCUGUUAAGCUGCGCUGUGAGGCUGACGGGUACCCCCCGCCUGAGUACAUCUUCUCCAAACUGCAGACUGAAGAUAUCCAGAUAGACCUGGGGUCCCACUUUAACGGAAUCCUGCACAUUCCGCACGUGAUGAAGGCUGACAGCGGGACGUACCGGUGCCAGGUGCUUGACUUUGACAGCCCCAAUGAGGUAGACCUGGAGAAGGAGGUCACCAUCCACAUCAACUAUCUGGACCCACUUGUCUUGAACCCCAGCAAGAUGGUGAUGGCAAAAUUGGGUGGAAGCCUUGAACUUACUUGUUCUGGUACUGGCUCCCAGAGGCCCAUCUUGUCAUGGAAGAAGGGGAAGGAGCAGGUAGGAGAGGGCGAGACAUUGGCCCUGAAUUCACUGAACUACCACAUGGCUGGCAGGUACACCUGCGAGGCGUCUGUGCCCACCAUCCCUGGGCUGCGACGGAACCAGACCGUUGAGGUCGUUGUUGAAGGAAUGCCAGAGGUGGAGAAGAACCAGUCCACAAGCCAUUACCAGAGUGUGGGCCAGAAAGUGACGUUUACCUGCUCUGCUUUGGGCUACCCUGAACCGGAGAUUAGGUGGAGCAUAACUGGGGAGGAGCCCUCUCUGAAAGUCUCUGGCAACAGAGUCAUCAGCGAAUUGUCCUUGGAGGUGACCCCCGAACUGGCUCAGAGUGGGGUGAAGUGCUGGGCAGAAAACAAACACGGCAUGGACGAGCAGAUGUUCCAGUUACAGUUGGUUUCCCCAACAUCUCCUGCCACCCCAGUGCCAGCAGUGGACGGGGCCGAGAGCCAGGGUGGCAGUACGGUAGCCGUCAUCGCUGUGUGUGUUUGCGUCCUGCUCCUCCUCCUCAUCGUGGGCUUCUUCUACUUCAUGCAGCGCCGUGGCCAGCUGCCCUGUGGUGGGGGCGAGAAGAGGUCUUUAACCCCCAAGGAAGGGAAUCCUGAUGACACUGUGGUGGAGAUGAAGACAGACAAACGGAACGAGCAGACGGGGCUCUUGAGCCCUGGGGGUGGCGGCGGAGGUGGGCCAAAUGAGUGCUGAGAGUAAGUCCGGAGUUGUCUUGUUCCAGAGGAACCCUGCCCCCUGCCUGCUGUGCACCACACACAAUGGAUGAAGAGGAUGCUAGGACUGGACUGUGCGAGGGGAACACACCCCCUCUGGGCCCUUCCUUCUACAAGGACAGGGAGCAUCCUUACAUCUGGACUUUUUGUUGUGGGAAUGGGGUGAGGUGGAGGGGUUGUGCUGCCAUGACUACUACUACUUCCUCCUUAAAAUGCCUGAUCAUUAUUAUUUUUUAAAAAAGAAACUGACAGAUGCCCAGACCCCCGCCCCUAAUGCUAGUAGACACAUCACCAACACACAGGCCCUUGUACCCCCACAUAUGCCACCACCUGUAUACCUGUUGCUUGCCUGUGGACAUAAGCUAGCACCCACACGUGCACGUACAUCAGUAACAUGCAAGCACAACCUUGCAAGUAAAUUCACAAAGGUUUAACAGGCACAUCAGUUUUGUUUUGCUUUGUCUUUCAUCACCGUUCUGGUGCACUUCUGUUAGUCAUUUGUGGUCUGAAAGCAAUCACCUUUUGUAAAUCUUCCCCAUUUGGUCACUUGGAGGUGAUUCUUGCUCGCCGUAGGUAAUGCUUGUUCUUCUUUCACCUGGUUGUGCAAAGACUUGUGAACGCUCAUGUUCCUAUCUUUAUCCUCAGUGUGAAACAUGCAGCAAAAGGGAACAGAGGAAUCCUGUUGUCCACCUGCAUGUAUAGCAGCAUGUGACUGUGUCUCAUCGAAGCAUUAAGAUGUUCAUACAUGUCACUCAUUUACCUUAUUCGUAUGUGUGUGUGCAUAUGUACGUAUGUAUAUAUAUAUGUACAAGGCUUUUCAAAUUAUGGCUUGGUAGCAGAGGAUUAGUUUCUCUUAGCCAGCCAUGAAGUUCACUCCCACCAUAUUCUAUGCAUUUAUCAACAUAGAUAAAUUGUCUAACGAAGUUACAUAGUUCAGGCUGUAAUCCAGUAUGUGCUUAAGUGAGAGCAAUCUCCAUUUAACUCAGUAAGUACCUAAGAAGAAUCUGGCUGCUGGAUCAGGCCAAUGGCCCAUUGAAUCCAGCAUCCUGUUCUCACAGUGGCCAACCACAUGCCUUACAAUCAUGUUUACUUCUGAGUAGACAUAUAUAGGCUCAUGCUGUCAAGCUUUAUGUUUGUUGAUGAACAUGACAUCUCUGUUUACAGUUUCUUUUUAUUUUAAUUUGUGGUUCAUCCAACCACUUUUGGCUGUUCUUUUCCCUUCAUAUUUUUAAGACUGGUCUUUGUUUUACACACACACACAUGUGCACAUGUGCGUGUAAUCAUACAGGAAAAUGUGGGUUUUGGCUAAUCAGAUGCCUCUUUUUAAUCUUCUGUCUAAGACAUUUUAGUGCAAACCUGAAGAACAGAGGGCCAGUUCUUGAGGAAAGAUUCCUGUGGCAUGUUAAAGACCAAUUUGUGUGUGUGUGGCCUGAUUGCAUACAGUACUACCUGGGGAGUGUGUUCCACUGAACUCAGCAUACAGCUACUAAAAUACAGAGGAUACUGUCCUCAGCCAGCUGAAAUAAACGCUGUCAGCUUUUAAUGAGAAAUACGAGCAAUCUUACAAAGAAGUGCUUGCCAUUUAAGUCAGUAGCCUGACAUUUUGUUGUUGUUGUUGUUAUGUGCCUUCAAGUCGAUUACGACUUAUGGCGACCCUAUGAAUCAGCGACCUCCAACAGCAUCUGUCAUGAACCACCCUGUUCAGAUCUUGUAAGUUCAGGUCUGUGGCUUCCUUUAUGGUAUCAAUCCAUCUCUUGUUUAGAAGCAAUACCAGAGAGCGGCAAAGGUAUGUAUAAAAGCAUCAGCUCACAUUAAUACAAAUAAACCAUCAAUCCUGACAUACUUUUAAUAUAAACAGUGCAUGUGUCCAAAUAUACAUCUAAAUGAAAUAGGUGAUUGCUGUUAUGUGCCUUCACGUCAACUACGACUUAUGGCAACCCUGUGAAUCAGUGACCUCCAAUAGCAUCUGUUAUAAACCACCCUGUUCAGAUCUUGUAAAUUCAGGUCUGUGGCUUCCUUUAUGGAAUCAAUCCAUCUCUUGUUUGGUCUUCCUCUUUUUCUACUCCCUUCUGUUUUUCCCAGCAUUAUUGUCUUUUCUAGUGAAUCAUGUCUUCUGAUUAUGUGUCCAAAGUAUGACAACCUCAGUUUCAUCAUUUUAGCUGACAUAGGACUUUCCAUCUUUUAAGAAAAAGAAUUUCCCUUCUCUCAGUGACUGCGAGGUCUUCAGACUUUGCAGUCUCACCACCAUCACCCAGCCUUAUUUGUAAUCUGGGUUCUUCGUGUGACACAGUGGAUUAACAUAGAGAAGAAACCUGACCAAGCAUUCUCCUACAGAGAGGCUCUCACAGUUUCAUACCUUGUGAAACUGACCCAAUAUUUCAUAAACAGUAGUAAAAUUUGAAAGCCUCGUUACCUUUCAGUCACUUGCCAGAGGGAGUGUAUCUUGCCAUAAUUACUUUGGCAAGUGGAUUUGGGGAAGCCUGUAUGAAUGGAUGCUUAUACACACACACGUGAACACCACCAUCCUACAAACACCUGCCACACCUGUACAUUUCCGGUUAGGAAGUAGAUUUGUGUUUCUAGCGCAUUUACAAGUCCACUACGGCAUCCACAAGCCUGGUGAUCGACAUAUUAGAGCUGCCAACUUUUGAACUGGGCCUCUGUGGCUGUCCCUUUAGCAACCAUUUGAUUUGCAGCAAUAAGCAAAUGAAUGUGCUCCUGGCUCCAUGCUAUGGAAAGAAAAAAAGUUGUUUGCUGAUUUCUGCAGAUCCAUACUCUCUUUGAGCAGGCGAGGCUGGUUGGAGUGCUCUUCUUUCUUUUUUCCUUAGCAAGUUGGCAACUUUGCAACACCCAGGUGCUAUGUACGCGUGCCAGCGCCCACCACGCUUAAUAUGAGCACAGGUUCCCAAUAUGAAAUGUCAGGAUAAAGCUUUUUAUCUCUGUUCCCGGAGGCGAGCUGGUGAAGAGUGCCUGUCUUUUUCUUACUGUGUGCAGAAUGUGCUUCCUUCAGCAUUUGUCGCCAUAAAUCCAGCUCUAGCAUUGGGGGUGGGGGGGCUUUGCAGCCAGAGGGGUUUGGCUUCCAGGCAGGCUUCACCUGCUGCAUCUUCCUUCUUUCACAUUAAGCCCUGACAACUUUCUUGCACAUGCAUUUCCUUCUCUGUGUCUGUACUUGCAUGCACACAAACCUGGCAAGGGCGAGGAACCUUUGGCCCUCCCAUCCCUGGCCUUCUGUGCAUGGUUAAAAAUCAUGGCAGCUGGAGACUGGAUGAUCCUCCUCAAACACCACUUUUUACCUACAGACGCUACUCCAGCUUGGUUCCAGUUAUAGGUUCGUUUCCAGCUAAGUUCUAGUCAGAGUAGACACAUGGACAUUAAUGGACCUAAGUUAGUCAUGUUCAUUAAUUUCAGUGGAUCUACUCUUGAGUAGGGACUAGCAGUGGAUACACCCCAUACUCUUGUUGUCCACCAUCCCUAUCUAUCUCUUGUCCCUUCCAAUAUUUUUAUUUUCUUCAUUGAAAUGCAUCAUCUUUUUAUAUGGCAUUUUUUGUCUGGACAGGAGAAAACUUUUGGGGUUCUAGUCUUCCUACCGUCCCCUAAUCCCCGUGGCGUGUGUCCCCCUUUUUGUCUCUUGCACUGUCUGGUCAAGACACUGGCUCUUUUGGGGGGGAGACUUGGGGCUUUCUUUUUUAAAACAAGUGUAGUAUAUUUAAUGAUGUUGCAUCUUGGAGAGCAGGGUGAAGCUGCAGAGCUAUGGCAGAGUCGAGUUGAGGUGUGGAGGAGGCGGAUGCAAUGAGGGGAAGAGGAAAGGGGGGAACAUAUAUAUGGGCCACUGAUUUUAAAAGAAGCAUUAUCGGAAGAGGGGAAGGGGGGGUUAAUGGCUACACAUCCCUUCCUUGCAUGGCAGCUGGGAAUCUCCUUAGCCCCCUCUCCCUGUAUUUUCCAAAUAAGGGAUGGGGUUGUGCCUGUCUCUCACAAAUCCCUCUGGCCCAAUAUGCCCCCAUUUCCUGCCUCCCUUUUUCCCACUCAGGCCUGCUGUUAUUUUUAGGGUUACCACCUUUAAAAACAAACAAACCCUGCCCCCUGCCAUUCCUGUGCCUUUCAUAGCUGCUUGAUCUGCAGGCUAAGAGUAGGUGAGAAUGUUGAUCUCCAGGCCAUGAAAAGCUCCACCUGCCAGGUUGUUUUUUUUUUUUCUGCAGACCGAGCUUACUUUGAAAGGCACAGGAGCAGAUCAGCUGGCAGCCCUGGUCAUUUUGCAUCCCUCCCUCGCCCUCCCUGGAGGACUCAUGCCAUAGUUCCAGCAUCUUCACUCCCAUCCUUUCUGACAUGUCUGUUACCUGCUGCCCUUCCCUCCCGGGUUACACUGUACAUUAGCAAUUAAAAAUAUUGUAACCUCAAGUGU